AUGGUGGCUUCAGUUACAAAUCUGCGCGAGUAUAUCAAAGAAGGCAUCGCAAGUCUGCUGAAGAAGGAAACCUCAGCCCUCGAUGAGGUAAUCGGAAAUUCGUCCAGUCAUCGUUUGGUGGACCUGGUGGAAACGGAUGCCGCUCUCGAAGAAACAGCAAUUGAUAUGGAAGAAGAAGAUGAACCUCAAAAAGAAAUCGAGCCAGAGGCUUACGAGGAGGUUGGCGAAACAGACCAAAACGAGCCAGACGGUACCCAAUGUGAUUUUGAUGAAGACGACGAGGAAAUUUUGUCCGUUACUGGCACCCGGUGCACCUGCUCACACCUGCCACUCAAUUCAUUGGCAUCUAACUAUUUGGCCAAAAAGUUGCUAAACGCUCUGGAACAGAGGUUGCAAAAGCUUACGGACACGAUUCAGUUCAAAGUAAGUCUCUACAUAGAUCUACGGUUUAAUUAUAUGGGAUCCAAUAGAACGACGGCUACCGAUAAAGAACGCUCUCAGAGCUACAUGCUUCAACUAUGGACACGACUCAAUGCACUGGAAGGUAAACAUGAAGAUCAACAGAAUAUGUUCACUGAACCGAACGACGAAGCGAGUGAUUUUGUAGAGCAGUAUCUGGUUAGAUAUUUCGAACGUGAUUCUCCGGGAACUGGUGGACGCAUGCAGCCUGCCGAAGACAAAAUUUUGCAGCAAAUUAAGGAGCUACAGCUGAGACCCAAAGUGCGCAUACGUGUAGGAGGUUUGGAUGCUUCAUCGAGUGAAGAACGAUUUGAUAUCUUUAAGUACUGGAUUGGGAUGCGAACGAACCAUCGUGAUGUAUUCAGGAUGGCUUUUGCUAUUUUAUCAGCACCAUCGACACAGGUCACAGUCGAACGAGCAUUUAUCGGAUUUAAGCUUGUCUUGACUGACCAAAGACAAAGACUAAGUGAUCAGCGCAUUCAGGAUUUGAUGUAA